GUCAUAUAUUGUGAAGGAGAAAGUAUAAUUGAAUUAAGUAUUUAAAUAUUUAUUAUGUAGUCAAGUUAAUGUUAAAGUAAAAAUCAAAAAAAAUUGUAACAAUAAAUUAGACAUGUAGUUGGAUAAAAUUAGUAAACCCAGAAUUUGCAUAAUACAAAAACCUUUAGUCAGACAUAAAUUGAAUUAGAUGUAAUUCAAUUAAUCUUAGUACCGUUCCUUUAAGAAUUAUUAUAACGGGUAGUCAUCAACAUGGACAGUAUGAAUAACGUACAUAAUGAAGGCGGUAGUUAUUCCUUCAGUGCACAAAAUGUUAGUCCUUGCGUUAAAAAUUCAAACAAAAAAUGGUCUAUAAGCAGGCUGUUUUUAAAAAAAAAAGAAAUCAAUUCAGAUUCUUCAUCACAAGAGGAUGAAGCAGGAUUCAAAUCAAUUCAGAAAAAUAACCGUACUAAAAACAGUAAACAAAAAUCUAAUAUCAAGAAGACAUAUGACAAUAGAAAGUGUAAUGAACUAAGAUUAUUUCAAAAUAGUGAUAUUUCAAUAAUGUCUCUUAACUCUGGGAAAGUAAUUGAUCAGAAUAAUAGUAAAGAACCAGAAUAUGAACUAUUUUUACCAUUUGAAACAUCUCCAAUUGAUGUAAAUGCAGCACAUCUACAUAAGCCGUUGAACCAUCCAGACUUGAGGAAUUCAACAACUUCAUUACCACCAUUAUUUAAUAAGCCAUUAACUAAUUUUUCAUCUAAUGCAUCCCAAAGACAAAGUAGUGAUGGAAACACCAACAUUGGUGCACUAGUUGUAAAUGUUAGCAAUCGUCGUACUCGGAGUGCUCGUAAUGAGCGUUAUUAUAAGCGGCUAUCUCGUGAUUUUGAAAACUCUACGAAAAAAGAUGAGAGGCUGUUUUAUACUUCAGUUACGAAACCAAAAAAAUCUAAAGAAUUUUUUGAUAAUAUUAAUUUUUUACCUGUUGAUAAUACUCGACAAUCUGGACUUAAUGGUAAUUUUGACUCACAGUUUGAAAAUACUUAUGGCUUACAAAACAUCAGUCCGUAUGUAUCUUAUAGCAAACAAACACAAGGUACUAAUCAGUUAUUAAAUCCAAUUGAUACAAAGAGGAGUAUAAGUUGCGAUAGUCAAAUCUGUUCAAAUGUCAUUAAUAAAUGCUUAUCUCUUACACCUCCGACACCACCGCCAAGAGGCACAUCACGACAAAUACAUGUUAGCAAAAGUAUGCAAAUUUUAAACAAUACUCGUUCGCGUCCACAAUCGUAUGCUUUCGAUGAAAAUUCUAGGUUAUGUUCUUCAGAUAUAAAAGAAUAUAAAAACACUUUGAUAAAAAGUGGUAAAAAAUACCAAUCAAGAUCAGCUCACUUGUUAAAUACUAUUCCCAUAAAUUCAGUUGCAAAAAAUUUAGAGCCUGUGGAAACAGUAUCAAAAAGUCGUCGGUUUAUAACUCGUGGCAAUCGAAGUCCACUAAAUCGAAAAAGUUCGCCAACUGUUAAAAUGGCUACAGAUUAUACAUAUGACACUUUACCAGUCAUUGAUGGAACUUGUACUUUAUCACAUAAUACUGUACCUAAUACUAGUAGUAUAUAUUAUAUUGCUGACGCUUUACCUAGAUCUCGGAAACCAAUACAUGUCAAUAAUAUGAUGACAAUAAAUAAUGACAAUUUGAAUAAACAAAUUGCGCAGUUGGUUGAAGUUUCAAAUAUAUCAAAUAUUGCUGAAAAAAUUGUAGAUCAACAUAAUAAUACGAGUGAAAACUAUAAUGAAAAGAAAAAUUUAUUCCCCAACAGCUGUAAUUGUUUUAAAAUAAAAAAUAACACUGUCGAAAACACAAAAUUAAGUCUUAUAAGUGGUAAACAAUGCGAAUGCGGUAAUGUUACGCAUAUUGAACAAGAUAAACAUAGCAAACCUUAUAAAAACCACAAAAACUUGGUUAACUUAAUGACAUCAAAUAUUCAAAAUUCAAACGAUGUUUAUAACGAAAAUCUUUAUGAUCGAUAUGUUGCAGAAAGGCGUGAAAAGCAUAAAAUGCCUAUAUAUGAAACAUAUAUGAGGCCACAUAACAAUGUUAAUGUAUAUAAUAAAUUGCAACAAUCUCAAUUAGAAUCGUCAUCUAAUCUUGAAGAUGCUAUAAAUGAGUUGGAAACUAUAUAUAAAAGUUUAGAUUUUCAAGAAACAUCUAAAACUAGUGAUAAUGAAAGUUUCUUCAAUUUAAAAAAUAAUAAUUUUUGUCAAUAUGAUUCAUAUGAUGAGGAAUCGCCUUCAGGGGAACCAGAUCCAGUGCUUGACGAUGUUGCAUAUCGAAAUAUGAAAAUUGUAAAUAGUAAGACAGUUGAAGUACUUCCAUUUGGUAUCCCCUUAAAACCUAUCGUUCAAGCAUCAAAAACAGAUUACCUAAAUAUUCAUUCUAUUACUAAUAUGAAGAAACGUGAAAUAACGAAUUUACCUGAUAUUGUAAAAGAUGAUUUAGCGGUUCGUACUUUACGCAAAGAUAAUCCCCUUACAAAUCAAAUGUGCAUACCUCCUAAAUGUGAACAGAAAGGAAAUCGUGUUAUACGUACUCAAUCUGCAAAUAAUUUUGCACUCAUUAAACGUGAUGCAGCUAAACCUUCUGGGGGCGAUGUUAAAUUUUACACUGAAGUAACACCAGCUAUCAAACGAUCGGAAAGUGCAGAAAAUAUGUAUAAAUUAAAUGUAACAAAAGAAGAUUGCGAUCUUUUACAUACAUUAUGUAACAUGAAACAUAAAGAUUGUUUAUUAAGUGCAACUGCCAAUGUAACUGUAACUGCGAAACAUAUACAAAUCCCAUUUCACCACCCAAGUCAGAAAGGUGCAAUAUCUGAAUUGCCUAAUAAAUUAUUUUCCUCAAGUGAUAAUCCAAAUAAGACAAUGAUUGCAAAAGAUAAAACUUUAUCUCCACAAUUUCCAGGGACUAAUAAUGGAAAUGAAAAUCUGGAAAAUAGUACCACACUUAGUAAAAAAUUCAAAAAAUUAUGUAAUGAUAAUGAUACUUGCUUUCAUAAUACACAUGAAAAAAGUUUGAUAAAUAGUAAAGAAGAAAUUGAAAAUGUUUCCAGUAAGACAAUAAGUAAUAAUCUCACUCCUACUCCAAGUGAAAUUGUGUCUAAAAAUAUCAUUAAUUUAUUAAAAACAGAUAAGGAAUGUGAGGAUAGAAAAUAUGAUAAAACAUUUUUAGUAGAAAUGUCGAAACCAACUACAAAAUGUGAUUUAGCUGUUCCCAAUUUGUUAAAAAAUUUGGAUCCAAUAAAAUCAGAUAAAAUUGAAGAAAUAUCUAAACGUUGCAUGAUUGAUUUAAUUAAACUUGGGAACGAUGUAGAAGUAGUUGGUAAAAAUAAUGUUAUAAUCGAGCCAGAUAUCGUACGUAUGAAUAGCAUUAGCAUUUUUGAAAAAUGUCAGCAAAAUAUAUCGCCUAACAAACAAAUAGUCGAAAAAGAUUCGCAGCAUAUAUGUCAUAGUAAAAAUAAUAAUGAAAAUGCACUCAAUUCAAGUGUCGGAGCUUCCUCAAUGUCGUCAUCUAGCGAUUGUUUAGUAAAAUCAUCUAGUCUUUCUAUUAAUCUACACCAGUCUUCAAGUAUAACUUCCUUUAAUCCUUAUUCAUCAAGUGAUUAUAUAAAAUCGUCAAGCAGUGAGAAUCCUACCCUUAGCACAGAUGCUAUAAAAACAUUUAGUACUACUUCAUAUGAUGCCAAAUCAUCUAGUACAACGCCAAAUAUAACAACAAAUAGUAAUAUAAGUCAUUCCCCAACACCACCUUUACGUUUUUGUGAAGAUAAAAAUUUGAGUAACUUAUCUGAAGUGUCCAAUGAAGGUUUAUUACUGUCACCGGAAUAUAAUUCAACAGAAGAAUUAACAACCAUAUUUGGAAUUGGACAAUAUUUAAUACGUGAUGUUAAAAGUGAAAAUUCAAAAUUAAAUGAAAAUGAAUCAGGAGCCGCGGAUCAUGGUAUCGCUGGUAAUAUAAACUGUGAUAAUAAAAUACAACAGUCGCAGAAUCCAACGGUUUAUAAAGAGCAUCAUCCACAUUUUUAUAAUCAUACUAGUGCUAAAUACUCUACUAAUGAAAGGUUACAGUCGAAAAAUCUUGAAAAUAUAUAUGAUACUUUAAAUGAAAAUUAUAAAAGUGUGUAUAAAUCGCCAUCUAUAUUAACAGAAACUCAACAAUUUCCUAGUAUUAUUAAAAGAAAUAUUUAUCAAGAAACAAGUCUACAAAAUGAAUUUUCACAUUCAGUUAAAAAUAAAACUAUUUGUAAUAAAGUGGUAGACGAGAAAUGGGAUAGUUCAAAUUUGCUUGUUGAUCAGAGGAAAGGUGAUUUAAUUAAUUUAACUGAUAACUUUUCAAAACAUUGUAAUAUAUCAUCAUCGAACGAAAGUAAAUUUGAAAAAUUAUUACAUCCAAAUGAAUCUGUAGAUUACACUAACAACAGUAGUUCACAUCAAAAUACAAACACAUCUAAUGUAAGAUUUUCACCUGCUAGAAGUAGAUAUUUAUAUCGCUUUGCAAAUCGUAAACGAAUUGUUCGCGUACGAAGCGAAUCUCGUCCAAUUAACUUCCUUUAUGAUAUUAUGUACAAAGAAAAUUGUUUGAAUUACAUGAGUGACGAAGACUCAGAAGUAGCAUAUAGAUUUAAUAAAGAAGAUCAAACUGAUAUUAACCAUUUUGAAAAAUCAAAUAAUUUAGAGUACCCAAACGCUCAAAUUAAAUCAAUUUGUGAAAAUAAUGAAAUUCCUUUAUUAAAUACUUCCAACAAAAAUGAUCAUAAUGAAAAUGUUAAACUUUUAUACAAUUCAAGAACUCAAAUGAACAAAACUGUAAAAGAUUUUUGUUUAAAAUCAUCAUCAUUGCCGCCUGAUCUUGUAUCUAGCGAGUGUAAUACCAAUACUCAAAGUCGAGGUGAAAUAAUUAAAAAUAAGAAUAAUAUUUCAAUAUGUAAAAAUGGACAAAAUAAUAAAUGUGAUCUAUUCAAAGUUAAAUAUGACUCUUUUGAUAAAUUUAAGAUAAAAGAGAUUGAUACAGUAAACGAUAAAAUUGCAUCUAUAAAAACAGUCACUAACGCAUUGCUAAACUGUCCGCAAAUUUUCAAUAACCAUAUAACGCAUACCAUUUCUAAAGAAUAUACAAACAAAGAAAAGCUAGAGGACCAGUCUCCAGACAACCUUGAAAAGUCUACUAUAAAUUCCAGUGGAAUAAUCUCCGAUUCUGAUGAAAGUUUUGUAUCAAUUGAUAUUUGUACAGAACAAAACGAUCAUUUGAAUAAAAUGAAUAAUAACCGUUCGCAAUUAAUUGAUUUUAGUGGUCCUAAGCAGGUAGCUGUCAUAAUUAAAACAAAGAAUGUACAAGAAGACAUCCAUCCUUGCUGUAAUGAAAAUUUUUUAAGUUCAGGAACUUCAUCUAAAACCAUUGAAACUAAUACUAAUGUUACAGACAAAUGCAGUAAUGGCAAACUGAUGGACGUAAAUGCUGCUCAUUAUGUAAACCUGACUAAACUUUCAGGUAUAAAGAAUAAUAACUUCGGAGAAGACUCUUAUUUAAUUCAACAAAAAUUACCAUCAAAUAAUAAAGUUCCUAAUUGUGAGCAAAACGGUCCAAUAUAUUGUAAUGUCUCAUCCAAUAAGCAACAUAUACCAACUCUUCAUAUAAUAAUGAACAAAAAUAUAAAAGAUAAAGACUCAAUUGUCAGUAUGAAUAAAAAUUUAAAUUUUCAGAAUUUUAAAAGCAAGAAAAGUGUGAUUAACAGUAUGAAUAAAAAAGAUUACUCAGAAAGGAAAAAAGAACAACAAAAGAAAGAUAAUUCGGAUGAUUUUGUUCGUGACAAGUCAGCUAAAAGAAAGUCGCAUUUGAAUCGAUCACAAAACGAAGAAGUUAUAAUAAGCAGUAAAGAAGAUUCUUGUGCAUGUUUUCAAGAUAUGGCAUCUCAGUUAAAAUUAACAAAUUAUUUGAAACCAAAUAUUAAACGCAUUGAUCGUAGAAGUGAAACCUUGCCGAUAAGCGAUGAACUUUAUAAAGAUCUUUUAAUUAAAAAAAACCGAAGGAUUAAUGAACGUAAGUUUAGUGAUCCGGUUAUAAUGACUGAAAAUGAAAAAUCAUUAAGCUUAGAUUGUGGAAAUAAUAUAAAUUAUGGAAAUUGUUCGCUAAGUCAUGAAAGAUCACUAACAUUAAAUCAGAAAAUUGAUGGUACACUAAUCUCAAUGUCAACGUCAACGUCAACGUCAACAGCUACAGAUCUAAACCAUGUAGUUUCAAUUUUAAAAAAAAAAGAUUGUUGCUUAGAAAAUGAACAAAUCUCAAAUAUUGUAAAUGUAAGUCCUGCUACAAUGUCAACAAAUAUUUUUAAAAUAUCUUCAAAAAUAAAACGUCUUGGAAUUCUUAAAAAAAGAACCAGUCUUGAUGAUUCAGGAAAUUUAUCACACUUGCAUUCAUCUGAUAAAAGAGACAUGUUAUCAAAAUUAAUUCGUCGCAAUUCUCUCGAGGAAACUACUUUACAAGAGAUACAACAAAAUCAAACACAUGGCAUUUUAAAACAAAGUAGCCAUGAUGGAAGUAAAAGUGUUAAUUAUGCUUCAGCUACGGAAAUACAUCCGCAUAGUAUUUUAAAGAAAAAAGAUAAUUUGUCUACCAUAUCUGUAUCUCAGCCACUAUUUUUCGGUCCUAAUGAUAUAGGGUGUGAAAAAAGUGCUAAUGAAGAACUAUUCGUUUUAGAAGAUAGUUAUACGUUUACAAAUGACGAGCAUGACAUACGACCGAUUCUUAAACAAGAGAGCAUAAAUACCGAUGAAACUAUACGCACACCUAAGCCAAUUCUUAAAAAAAAAAUUUCUGGAGAUUCGGAAGAACAAGAAAUACGACCGAUUUUGAAAACUUCUAGAAAAAGCAGUCGCGAAGAGUUUGAUGAAUGUUCGUUUUUGAAUAGUGAAACACAGCAUAGUCGUGAAAGUUCAGUGCGACCUAUUCUAAAAACAACUUCUUUAUUGAAACGACGCUCUUUAAGUAGUUUUGAAUCAUGUUCUAAGACAAGCAAACCUGUCCAUUUUUUACUAAAUCGUCGUACUCGUUCUCUUGAACGUCAUGUAAUUCCAUUAGUUGAUCUAGGUGCUGCUCUGGAUGCUAUUGCAACUUCGACAUUAGAAGUUAAUAAGGAUGAAUUGAGUGCAACUAUUAAUAACUCCGUUUCUGAACGUGUUAAAUAUAUGGAAUCCAUUCUUAAUAAAAAUAGCAAUUCCUUUAUAUUACCAACAAAAGUAAAUAGCAGUUUCGAUAUGUCAGAAAAUCCUAACACAGAUUUAGAUUUAAAAAUAAAUAUUCAAAGACGAUGUAGUUAUCGAGAUCGAUACAAAACGCAACCUGUGACUUUUAAUGAAAAAAUAAUUUUUCAAGACUCAUCUUUAGCCUUGAGUGAUUUAAAAAGUACUUCAUGUAAUUUGUUAAAAUUACAAGGAGAUCAACCUCAUGAAGCAAAUACAGUUAAAUCAUCAAUUUCAAACCCAUUACCUUUGGUGCCUUCACACUCUAAUCGAGUUUCUGAAAAUUUAAGUAGUAACAAAAACUUAUUUUCUACCCGAGAUAUUGAAAAAAAUUGUUUAAAUAACGUUGUAUUUAUAUCUAAAAUGUCUCAAACUAAUAAGGACUUAUCAGAGCCAAGCAUUAUGAAAGUGGAUUCUCAAAAAGACUCAGAAAAUAAUAAACAUAAGGAACUAAUUGAAAGUGAUGCAGUUGAGGCAGGCGGCAUUAAACGAAGUAACAGCGUUCGGGAACGAGCGAACAUGUUUCAGAAAUUACAGGAAGAAAUCGUACUACCUAAAAGAACUGCUUCUCAAUUUUCUCCGUCCAAACUUAAUAUAUCACCCAAGGAUGAUUCGUCGGAGCCAGUAACUGAAAUUUCAAAUAAAACUGAUGUAGAUGAAGAAACUGGAGCUGAUAAAAAAAAACUAUAUAAUGUCAAUAUGAGAGUAAUGCCCACAGAUUUAAGAUUUGAACUUAAAAAUAAGCUUAAAUGCCUAUCACAAUCGGCAGUGCCAAAUUUGCCUAAAAAGCAAACAGAUAGUGCUUCGCCUAAUAAAGAUACUGUAAGUCUUGUACGUAAUCUGUGCAAUAUUCAUAUUCCACCUAUGUCCAACUCAUUGGAAAACGAAUAUUCUGAAAAUACUUCGGAAGGUGAAAGCUCUGGUGGCCGAGAAAUUUCAAAAAUUAUUAAAACCGGUACAGCUGUGCAUAAGCAGAAAUACGGCAAAUCAGGAUGCAGUUUUUUAAAAAGUAAAAGUCAAUCUGCUUUCCCUUCAACAAUAUGUAAAAAUGCCUCUGCACUGGAUUAUAAUGUGUCAGAAAACCACCAACCUGAUUUCAAAAAUCAUGAGUCCUUGACAAAUAUAUGCAAAAACAAUGUAAACAUUAGCAAUCAUAAUAGCCAAAGCUAUAGAAAAGGCGAAUGUUCACCUACAGAAGUAGAACAAAAAUUAAUAUUUCUAACUGAUAAAAAUUGCACAUCUACCCUUCAAAGAAAUUCUUCCAUAAAUAGUCAUAAUUAUAAUUGUAGUAAACAGGUAAUGGGGCCCGAUCAAUGUAAAAUUUCUUUAUCAAAAAGUGGAUCGAUUGCAGAUCGCUUAGCAGCCUUACAAAAAAGUGGAGAAGAUAAUUGGAAAAAAAGAAUUACAAAACCUGAUGAAAUAGAGAAAAAUGAUUCUUUAUCCGUUGAUCAUUUAUUUCCUAACAGAUCAAUAUCACAUUCUCAAACAAUUCCAUCUUGUUUAGAUGGAGUUAAAGUUUCUGAUCGAUUAAAUAAAUUGAAAUCUUCUUCCCAAAAUUGGAAAAAUCGAAUUGAGCAAUCGGAUGCUGAAAAAUUCACAAUAGCUGGGCGCUUACAAAAUCAAGCGACUUUAUGUGACGAUUGUAAUAUCAUACGUCGCCCAGACGACAUAGCAAAAAAAUGUCCAAUGAACAUAAUCCGCAGCACGAAUCAGGAAUUUGGAUUAUCGAAAAGCCAAUCGAUGAUAAUUACUUCCAAUUUUAAAUCUACAAAUCUUAGUGAAAUAACUCGUAAGGCUCCACGUUUGGAAUGCAGUUUAAGUCUAAAUGAAGAUGAAGUUUGUUCAGUUAAAUUUUGCGAUAAAUUUAAUUGUGAAAACGAAUUCAAACCUGAAAGAAUUAAAACAAAUAUUUUAAACACAACAAACACUAGCGAACGUAUCUUUAUACCAAAAUUGGAUGAUGAAGAAACUUUUAAAAAAUUUUUUGGUCAAAUUGAUGUAAAAGCUUCAAAAACUGAAAUUGAAAUAUCAGAUUUUGAUAAUUUGAGAUCAACAGAACGGUUACUCACAAAACGAGUGAUAAAAGGUCCAAAAACUCGUCGUGGUUCUCGUAACCCAUUAAAAAGUUUAUCAACUCGCAGCGAUAUUUUAUUUGAAUAUAUUGAAGUUAAAAGAGUUAUUCCAGAAGAAGAAUUAAUUGGUAUAAAAACUCCAAAUUAUAGACAUUUGAAUUUGACUGCAGAAGCGAUUGCUGGUCUUCAGUCUGUUGAAAAUUUUAAAUCCGUGAACUUAAAGUCAGUAUUGUUACCUUUAAAGCAAAAAUGGUUACCUUAUAAUGGAGUUAUGCUAAUACAUAUUAAAGGAAGAACACAUGUUCAAUGCCGUAUAGUUGAACCAAACUAUAUGUCAAUAAAUAUUGGAGACUGCUUUAUUUUGAUUGCAAAUAAUGAGCUUUAUCGUUAUGUUGGGCACUUCGCUAAUGUUAUUGAAAUAUCACGCAGCAAAUUUAUAUGUUCAUAUAUUUUAGAAAAAAAAGAUCUUGGUUGUAGUGCAAAUUCUGCUAUUGAGCUUUCUGAUAAUAAAAUGAAUGGAAUAUAUUGGCAGCGGUUUUGGGAAGUGCUAGGAAAACCAAGGGACUAUGAGGUACGAGACAGUGGUUGUGCAAAGGAGGAUGAUAUAUUUGAAAUAAGUUUAAUUGAAACAAAUCGAAUUUACGAAUACAACAAUUUUGUUUUAAAACCGAUAGAAAAAUAUUGGGGCUGUUUACCAAAAGUGGAAUUAUUAAAUCCUGAAAAAAUCAUAGUGUUUGAUUUUGGUAGUGAAAUGUAUAUUUGGAAUGGGAAAAAUGCAAAAUCGACCGAUAAAUGUGCUGCACUAAAUCUUGCUGAAGAAUACUUUAAAAAUGGAGAUGUUGAUUAUUCACAAUGUUAUUUAAGUCCCCUUGAUUAUAGUCAACUUGCGGGCUGGUGUAACAACAAAACAUAUUCUAGAACUAUUGAUAGUCGUAAUCAGUGGUGUAUAUUAGGUAAAAUUAGUCAAAAUAUGGAAACUAUUCUGUUUAAGGAAAAAUUUUGUGAUUGGCCCGAGUUUUCAAUUGAAGACCUAGCAAAAGACUAUUCAACAAGCAGUUGUAGUUUCGUAAAUUCUUUAGAUGGUGAAUUAUUAUAUAGCUCUAAGGAUAUUACUGAACCUAAUUUGGUUCUAGAAAAUGCGAAUCUGGGGCGUGGUAAUUAUUAUUUUGAGGAGGAAACACGGCGUCACUUCGAAAUUAAUACAAAGUCUGUAAAUAAAUGGAAAAUUAAUGAAUAUAAUUUCGAUAUUGAAAAACCAGAAAGAUAUAAACAUUUUUACUCUGCUGAAAGUUAUAUUAUACGUUGGAUCUAUCAAAUUUCAAUAACUGUAAAAGAACUAAGUGGUAACAUUUCAAAACGAAGUAACGUUGGGCGCAAUCGUUGUGCAUAUUUUUGUUGGCAAGGCGCUGAAUCAACUGCUAAUGAAAAAGGUGCUGCAGCACUUCUUACUGUAGAAAUGGAUAUGGAAAAGGGAUCUCAACUUCGUAUUACACAAGGUGACGAACCCACUGCGUUUGUUCGUCUUUUCAAUAUUAUGUUUCAACAUAAAGGGCGUAAAAUUGAAUUGUUAUUGCGCCGUAAGAACUGGAGACUUUAUAUAGUUACUGGGAAUAUGAACGAAGAAACUGUUGUUAAAGAGGUGAACUGCCAUUAUUCCCAAUUACGUUCAAGAUCAUCGAUGUUAUGCUUACAUGGCAAAAGUGGAGACAUAUUUAUUUGGCAUGGCUGUAAAAGUCUUAAGCAUACUCGUGAAAUCGCUCAAAACGUGGCGUCUGUAAUAAAAGAUGAAAAAUCGGAAGACUUUUUCGAAACAACACAAGUUAUAGAAAUCAAAGUUAUUGAAGAAGGAUCAGAAAAUAAUGAAUUUAAGAAAGCGAUAGAUGGUGAAUGCGAAUUAUAUAAUUAUGGUAGCUUAUUGAACAGUGUAAAUAAAACAUUCAAUUACACAAUCAGAUUAUUUCAUUUUACAAGCAUAGAUGGAAUAUUUAAUGCACAUGAAAUUUCAUAUCCUCUUCGUUCUAAUGAUUUUCAUAGUUCAUAUCCCUUCACUCAAUCGCAGUUAUACAGUGUUCGUCAACCAUCCAUAUUUAUGAUUGACGACAGUGAUAUUCUCUGGAUAUGGAUGGGUUGGUGGCCAUCAAAUUAUAAUCAACACUCUACCGAUAACGAAUAUACAAUGAAUGAAAAUAGAGCUGGUGUGAAUCGUUUUGAAAUCGUUGAAAAGCGGGCAGCAUUAGAAACAGCUGUGUCAUACUGGAAAGCGAAAUUUGGUGAUACUGAAACUGAAUUACAUAAUGUGAACGGAAAAGUAGUUUGGGCUGGAUUAGAACCAAUUGAGUUUAAGUCGCUUUUUCCAGAUUGGACCAAUAGAACUGACAUAACUGAAAUUAAUAUACGGGAUGGACGCUGUGAGAAAGAUGCUUCAAUAAUUGAUGUACUUACACAGCUAUCACAAAAAAAAUAUUCUUUAGGAACAUUAUUAAACCGGCCAUUACCAGAAGGCGUAGAUCCAACUCAAUUGGAAAUAUAUCUAAGUGACAAAGAUUUCUAUGAUUUUGUUGGGAUUUCACGUACUGAAUUUGAAACAAUGCCUUUAUGGAAACAAAAUUCGAUAAAAAAAGAAAAAGGUUUAUUUUAGUUUUUUUCACAGCAAUAUUAACAUUUGUAUUGUAAUGUA